AUGAACAUCGAGGGGCGCGAUCGGGCGCGAAGAACGUCGAGCACGAUCACGGAACGAAGGAGACCCAAAGGGCAACCGUGGCCGUCAACGGGGACAUUCGAUCGGGCACCGUCGCCCGUUUCGACCGCGCUCGGUACUCAGGGCGACGCGCGAGGCAUCGCGGCAUCGCGCGUCUUCGCCUGUCAGGACGAGAGUUUCGCCGCGAGUGACGAUUCGACGACACGAGAAGAGAGAACGAGCUGUCAACUCGCACCUCCGAUGCAGACGACGGGACGACGCGAGACGCUCCGCGGCAGGGUUGCCAACAUUGACAGCUUUUCGGCUAAAGAACACAGGCCGUCCAGAUUCUUGAGUGUGUCAUGAAUAAGAAUCGAUAUUAAAUCCGCGUUCUAUCGACAACACAAGUGAUCAUCACGCAUCAUCUCUUUAAAUCACGAUGGAGGUAUUAAUUAAUUAGUAAUUAAA